AUCAAUAUAAAUAUAAUAUUAUAUCAAUAUAAUAGGUUAGGGUUAUGGUUAGGAUUAGGGUUAGGCACAUUACUCAUUAGGUUAUGGUUUUAUACAUUGGUUUUAUUGGGACCCAUGUUCUCUAUCCUUGGGCCAUGUGAUGUUGGAACUGUGUUGUGUUUGAUGAUAUUCUUACAAUGCUUUGUGAAAUGGGUCCAGCGAUAGGAAAAGUUAGUUUGUUGAAACAUCGUUGUAGUUGAAGUUUGCAGGUAAAGUAUAUUAGCUUCAGAUCCAUUUGUUUUAGACACUAGAUGGCAGCACGGUGCAAUCGAGGGUUUUAAACGCCAGCGCCCCCUUUUGCUAAAAGAGUGGCAAGGGGCCAAGUGCAAGGAUCCACACUACUGUUACUCAAGACUUGUAGCGUCACUCCUCUCUUCCCACGUCUUCCAUUUGCGAAGUUCGUUUGAUGGUGUGAUUGUCAGUGUUUCUAAACUGUACAGACGUUGCUGUGACUGAGUAAAAUGUGGAAGGUUGUGUCGAGCGUUUCACGCUCGCAGCUCGGCUCGCUGCUGGGUGAGUCCAGGCAGUGCGCGUUGGCCCCCGUGCUCACGCGAGGCUGUGCCAACAUGGAUCUAGGGGAAGAUGAGGAACCAACGUUCUUCAAGAUGGUGGACAGGUUCUACGACAAGGCGGCGGACGCGCUGGAGGACACGCUCGUCGCUGAGUAUGCCGGACCGAAGUCGGACGACGAGAAGCGCAAGCACGUGAUCGGCAUCCUGAAGACGAUUAAGCCCGCGCAUCACACCAUCUCCAUCUCGUUCCCGAUCAAGCGCGAUAACGGCGAGAUCGAGAUGAUCGACGGAUGGAGGGCGCAGCACAGCCAGCAUCUCACGCCGUGCAAGGGAGGCAUCCGUUACAGCGAGGACUGCAGCAGGGAUGAAGUCCGCGCUCUCUCCGCCCUGAUGACUUACAAAUGCUCCGUUGUUGACAUCCCGUUUGGCGGCGGCAAGGCUGGCGUCAGGAUCAAUCCGAAGAAGUACAGCGAGGAUGAGCUGGAGAGAAUCACGCGACGCUUCGCUGUUGAGCUAAUCAAAAAGGGCUUCAUGGGACCUGGAAUAGACGUGCCUGCCCCUGACAUGGGUACAGGAGAGCGUGAGAUGUCAUGGAUUGCUAGCACAUAUGCAAAAACUUUAGGCUACCUAGACAUUAACGGCUACGGCUGUGUAACGGGCAAGCCAAUUUCUCAGGGAGGUAUCCACGGUAGAGUCUCUGCUACGGGCAGGGGAGUGUUCCUCGCAAUAGAACAGUUCAUAAAUGAAGCUAGCUACAUGAGUUCCAUUGGUCUCACUCCUGGUUUUGGAGGCAAAACCAUGAUUGUACAGGGUUUCGGUAACGUGGGACUUCACUCAUGCCGCUACCUGCACAGAGCUGGAGUAAAGUGCAUCGGUGUUCAGGAGUGGGAUGGUGCUAUCUACAAUGCAGAGGGCAUCGAUCCAAAGGAACUAGAGGAAUAUAAACUGAUGAACGGCACGAUCGUGGGUUUCCCAGGGGCCGAGGCUUACACGAAGGAUGAGAGCCUAAUAUACGAGACUUGUGACAUUCUCGUGCCGGCAGCUAGCGAGAGACAAAUCCACAGCGGCAACUGCCAUAGGGUUAAGGCCAAGAUUAUUGCUGAGGGAGCAAACGGACCGACAACACCAGCAGCAGACAAGCACUUCUUGGCCAACAACGUUCUCGUAAUCCCGGACCUCUACUGCAACGCCGGUGGUGUCACCGUCUCCUACUUCGAGUGGCUUAAGAAUCUAAACCACGUCAGCUAUGGACGUCUCACCUUCAAAUAUGAGAAGGAAUCCAACUAUCACCUGCUAGAGAGCGUGCAGCACUCGUUGGAGCGCAGGUUCGGCAAAAGCGGGGGAGGAAUCCCGAUCAUCCCGUCAGAGUCCUUCCAGGAGAAGAUUGCUGGUGCAUCUGAAAAAGACAUCGUUCACUCUGGAUUGGCUUUCACAAUGGAAGGAUCGGCUAGGGCGAUCAUGCGCACAGCUAUGAAAUACAACCUGGGUCUGGACCUGCGCACAGCCGCCUACAUUAAUGCCUUAGAGAAGAUCUACUACCAUUACAGAGCAGCUGGUUUCACCUUCACAUAAUCAGCGUACGUGCAGAAGUCACUCGGUUUCUAUUUCACGAACGAUUCCAUCAAGGAUGACCCUUGCCUCUACGCUCGUACAGUAAUUUAUCCUACUGUGAUUCAUCUCUGUAGACGCGUGGGUGCGCUGCGGUAGCUAUUAUUAAUCUAGGUUUGUUAUGUUGAGUCAUUAUCCUGCGCACGUCGUACAUCAUCGAGCUUCAUUCGUAUAUCAUGUCUUAGGAGAAUGGCAGUUGGUGCACAUUGGACGUCGGGGUCUCUGUCGCGCUAGUCAUAGUUUGCAAGUCCCCAUCUAGAUUCCCGUCAAGUAGGGUUUCAUUGACUAUGGCGUGAGGAGAGUAAGGUUGCCCGGUGACUAACCAAGAGUGCUUGUUUUGCAUAUCGUUAAUCGGGCUGACCAGCUGGUCAAGAAAAUGGAGCCUGCGUGCUUCAUUCCCCCGGUGUUUGUUUCAGGCAGUUCCCGACAGUUGUAUCUCUUGGUCGACCUCUUGCUUUGCAAAUGGUAGUAUCAAGUACCAAUUAAGUAGCAAUCAUGGCAUAUUGACAGACUGGCACCAUGUUGACAACAGUCUUUUUCGGCAGGGAGUGAUUGUAGAAUUUACUCAAUGAAAUCACGAAUGUAUCCUCGUGCUGUUACGACAGUUGUGUAUGAAAUGGUGUGUAAUGAAUUCUUAAAGAGUUGAUAUAUAUUUGUAGGUUGCACAGAAGGAUGUGCUAGGCGUGACAGGCUCUAGACAGGACGUUUUCGUUCUCUGUGUUACAUGUCUGAUCAUUAGAAUAACGAUACAUGAUUCAUAUGGAUACUAACUACGAUGUACACGUGCAUGACGCACACUUUCUUCUGAUGAACCGCGAUCAUUUGUGUGAACAAUCUUGUUUAGUAAUAAAAUAUGAAAUGUAACAACCGA